AUGGGGAGGUCGCCGUGCUGCGAGAAGGCGCACACGAACAAGGGCGCGUGGACCAAGGAGGAGGACCAGCGGCUCGUCGCCUACAUCAAGGCCCACGGCGAAGGCUGCUGGCGGUCGCUCCCCAAGGCGGCGGGCCUGCUGCGCUGCGGCAAGAGCUGCCGCCUCCGGUGGAUCAACUACCUCCGCCCCGACCUCAAGCGCGGCAACUUCACCCAGGAGGAGGACGAACUCAUCAUCAAGCUCCACCAGAUCCUCGGAAACAAGUGGUCGCUGAUCGCCGCCCGGCUGCCAGGGCGGACGGACAACGAGAUCAAGAACUACUGGAACACGCACAUCAAGCGCAAGCUCAUCGCCCGCGGCAUCGACCCACGGACGCACCAGCCGGCGAGUGCUGCCGCCGCCGUUGCCCCCGCCUCCGCUACUGCCGCCGCGCCAAGCAGCCAUCGCCACCAUGGCGACGACGACAAGGCGGUGGUGGUGCGGUCCAGCUGCGGUUCGCGAGACAGCAGCGACGAUGACAGCACGUCCGGGUCCGUGCCGCACCAGCUUGGCCUUGGCGGCGGCAUCGACCUCAACCUGUCCCUAAGCCCGCCGACGAGCCAACCGUCAUCACCGGCCGCCGCCAUCUAG